AUGUGGGACUUAUUUGGAUGGUUCAAAGAUAUUCUUUCCUCCCUAGGAUUGUGGAAUAAACAUGGAAAACUACUUUUCUUGGGCUUGGACAAUGCUGGUAAGACUACCUUGUUGCACAUGUUGAAAAAUGACAGAUUGGCUACUUUACAACCUACCUGGCACCCAACGUCCGAGGAGUUGGCAAUUGGGAACAUCAAAUUCACCACCUUUGACUUGGGUGGCCACAUCCAGGCUCGUCGUUUGUGGAAGGACUACUUCCCAGAGGUAAAUGGUAUCGUUUUUUUGGUGGACGCUGCCGACCCUGAGAGACUCAACGAAGCUCGCGUCGAGCUGGACGCUCUUUUUAACAUUGCCGAGCUUAAGGACGUUCCUUUUGUUAUUUUGGGCAACAAGAUCGACUCUCCAAAUGCCGUUUCAGAAACCGAACUCAGGUCGGCCCUAGGCUUGUUGAACACCACUGGUGGUGCCAGAAUCGAAGGUCAAAGACCAGUUGAAGUUUUUAUGUGUUCUGUGGUGAUGAAAAAUGGAUACUUAGAGGCCUUUCAGUGGUUGUCGCAAUACAUUUAA